ACAGAACCAGCAGAAGUUCGAUGGUGGCGGCAGAUGCUAUUGCAAGGCAGGCGAUUGACAACAACGCCGUCGUUGUCUUCUCCAAGUCCUAUUGUCCAUAUUGUGCUAAGGCCAAGAAUGUUUUAGACUCACUUAAUGCCAAGUACGAAGUGCUUGAGCUUGACCUCCGCGAUGAUGGCAACGCCAUCCAGGACGCCCUGAACAACUUGAGCGGAGGAAGAUCUGUUCCUCGUGUCUUUGUCAAGGGGAAGUUUAUUGGAGGGGGCGACGACAUGGUGUCGAAGAAAGCAUCAGGCGAGCUUCAAAAGAUUUUGCAGGAGGCUGGAGUCUUGUAAGUGGUGUUUAGGGAUGUGUUUGGCGAUAGGGGUGUGUUUGUCACUCAUCUUGGAUAUUAUUUUGCUCUCAUGCCGCAACUUCAAUGUCAGUACCGAACUUGAAUGUCAGUAUAUGAAUCAUAAUCAG